AUGGAAAUCUGUAAGGCAGUGAAGAAAAAGUUCUCCUUCAGCAUCGAGGAUAUCCUAGCCAAGCUACCAGACGGCGAGGGUGAUAGCGAGGACCCCGGCGUGCCGCUCUCUCUGGUCUGUGUGUCCCGGGAACAGACACACGAAGUCGCGACCGUGACUCCGGUCUCCUCUCCUGCGCAAUCACAGGACCGCGCUUGCUAUUGUUGUUGCUGCACUUGUUGCGCUGCGAUUCCAUCGCAAGACUUCCCCGCUGUGACAGGUUGCAAGCUCUGGUCCCGAAGGCUCUUCCCUGGGAGCCCCACAGCGGGGGACCCCCACCCUGCCAGCCGGGUCGAAGAGCUCUUCUUCAGUCAGAUUCAGAGGCGCACACGGCGCCACCGGACCAUCUUCACUGAGGACCAGCUGGAGGCUCUGGAGGGGCUCUUCCGGCAGAACCAGUACCCUGACGUGACGACCCGGGAACAGCUCGCUGUCCGCACUCACCUGCGUGAGGAGAGGGUGGAGGUGUGGUUUAAAAACCGAAGAGCUAAGUGGAGACGACAGAAGCGCUUUUCCCUGGCUUCGAGUGAUCAGGAGCGAUGGAACAUCGUGGAAAAUACAGACUGAACAAACAGCUCUUCAGUCAGGCUGCAAGAGGCUGUGAUUUGUUCGUUUCGGGGCGUGGAUAUUAUAAUAUUUUGUGUGAAAAGGGGGUGUUUUAUUGUGUAAUUGCAAACUUUUGUCUGUAAAUAAAAAACAAUU